AGGAAAUCUCAGGGUCCGGAGUACUGGGUCUGGGGGAAGAGGGGAAUGGGGACCGGAUUCUUGCGCCUGAAGGAAGACGAGGGACCUGGACUUUUAGGUCCGAGGGCAGAGGGCGGCCGGACGCCAGGAAUCCUGAAUUUGAGGGAAGAAGGUCUGGGCAUCCAGACUCUUGGAUCUGAGGGAGGGACCAGGCUUCCAGGCCUCUAGCUUUCCUGGCAACGCCCCCCACCCCCAUCCUCAGGGCCGGGCUUCCAGGAUCCGGCCCCUAUUUACGAUUCGACCCCACGACCUCACCCGAUUUUGGAGGUGGAUAGAAGCCCGGAGUGAGGGACAGAGGAGAGGCGGUGUCUGGCGGAAUGGCAAUGGGAACGCGCUAUGCUGGAAAGGUGGUCAUCGUGACCGGCGGCGGCCGCGGCAUAGGAGCCGGGAUCGUUCGAGCUUUCGUGGAAAGCGGUGCCCAGGUGGUUAUCUGUGACAAAGAUGAGGCCAGGGGCAGGGCUGUGGAGCGAGAGCUUCCUGGCACUGUCUUUCUGCUCUGUGACGUGACUCGGGAGGAAGAUGUGAGGACCCUCGUUUCUGAGACCAUCCGCCGUUUCGGUCGCCUGGAUUGCAUAGUCAACAAUGCUGGCUACCACCCACCUCCACAGUGGCUCGAGGAGACCUCCGCCCAGGGCUUUCGCCAGCUGCUGGAGCUGAACCUGCUGGGGACGUACACCCUGACCAAGCUCGCCCUCCCUCAUCUGCGCAAGAGCCGGGGAAAUGUCAUCAACAUCUCCAGCCUGGUCGGGGCGAUCGGCCAAUCCCAGGCGGUUCCCUACGUGGCCACCAAGGGGGCAGUGAUAGCCCUGACCAAAGCCUUGGCCCUGGAUGAGAGUCAAUAUGGCGUCCGUGUCAACUGCAUCUCCCCUGGAAACAUCUGGACCCCUCUGUGGGAAGAGCUGGCGGCCUCAACACCUGACCCCACUGCUACAAUCCGAGAGGGCACACUGGCCCAGCCCCUGGGCCGCAUGGGCCAGCCAGCUGAGGUGGCGGCUGCUGCUGUGUUCUUGGCCUCCGAAGCCAGCUUCUGCACGGGGACUGAGCUGCUCGUGACUGGGGGUGCGGAGCUGGGGUAUGGGCGCAAGGCAGGCCAGGCCGCCCCGGCGGAGGCCCCCACCACCCCUUCCUGAUCCCCCACAUUUCCACCUGGGCCUCCCUGACGAGGGUUCUCCCACCCCAAACUCAGUCUCCCAAAUUCCAGUUUCCACCCUCUGCCUCUCAGGUGCAGCACUCCACCCACCCCAGCCCCGACUGUAGACAUUCAGCCCACUCACCAAUGUGCCAAACCACCCCCACAGUUUCCCAUAAAAGCACUUUGCAACCAG